AUGGGACGCCACAUCCUCCCUAAGUCCGGUGACUUUAGCACUGUUUCCGCCCCGUCUUCCGAGCAGCAAGACUCUAAGUUCCUAAGCCUACCACCAGAAAUCCGCAACCGCAUCUACGGCUUCGUCUUCUUCAGCUCCGUCAGAAAGUGGCCCGGUAAGGCCCUCGACACAAGGAAGAACAAAGCAGUCUCGACCGCCGAGCCUCUCGUCAUGGUCUGCAAGCAGCUUCAUGCUGAAGCCUUGCCCGUCUUCUACGCCGAAACCACUUUCCUCUUUGGCCACGCCCUGAGCUUCAAGCACUGGACUCGAGCAAUCGGACAACAGAAAUGUCAGAUGCUUCGAGACGUGUUGAUCAUGCCAGAGAGUAAGUUCAAGUACAUGCAUCGGUGGGUGCUCGAUGACCCCGAGGAGAAGCUUAGAGAGUUUGCGGAGACUGGUGAGAAGAUGCUGGCUACUAUCGCUCAUCUGAGCGACAUCAUCAAGAAGGGCGCUGUCAAGGCAAGAAUACCGGUGGCGGGGGGCGCAGGUGCGAAGUUGAUGGCGUGGACUUCGAGCCCGAUGAAGGCGGUGGAGGAGAGGAUGGAGAGUAUGCUGAAGAGGGAGAAUCGUGGGCUGCUUAUGCGCGCGUUCCUCGAUAUCAUGUUCAUGGGACAUGACGUGUUGAUCAUGGAUCAGGAGAGAUUGCCAGUCCCGAAUUCUGCUCAAGAAGCUUUGACUGGCGAGGAGUCGUAA